AUGAAAGUUUUUAUUUUUUUCGCUUUUGUUAAUUUUUUGUUUGUUUUGAAUUUAUUUUCCCCUUGUACGUGUAAAAAGGAUUAUGGGAAGGAAUGGGUUAAGGAUAAAUUAAGUUUAGUAAAUUUAAAAUUAGAGAAAUAUGAUAAAAAAAAGAAAUUUGCUCUUAUAUCAGGAGCAGCUAUAGGAGCCUUAGCAUUAAUAACACUUAUAGGAGGUAUUUAUAUGACUAAAGGAAGAAAAAGUUCCAUAUGGCAUAAUUCAGAAAUAAAUGAUACACUUUAUGAUGUUGUUCUUGAAACAGUGAAUCAAGGAAAUACAGAUGUAAAGUUGGCUUUUCAAAGAGGAGUAAAACUAGAUGAUGCUGUUCCUAGUGAGGCAACAUUUAAAAAAUAUUUAAAACAAAAUAUUAAAGAUCGAAAUUUAAAUUUAACAUGGCAAGAAGAACGGGAAUUAUAUAGAAUGCUUCCUUAUAUUCGCUUUAAUGUCGAAAGACUAGCUGUAUUUCUUAGAUGA